GCGCCAGUUCAAAUUUUGUUUUUUUAUUUUGACUUCAUGCAGAAAGGCAAUGAAGGCAGUGCAUUAUCUGCGCUAGGUGUCUAUACGCUGAUUUUGUUCUUUUACAGUCAAUCAAAAGAACUCAGCCCCAUACACUGGAUGAAUCCCUCUGUCGAUAACUAUUAGGAAAUAACAGUUUUAUCGUACUGUAGUGUUCUAAUUUGUUCUGUAUUUCAUUUAAAUGCAUAACUGGUUACUCAGUUAAUAUGUGUGUAUAUGUCGUAACCUCGUUCUGUAUUGAUAAUCUCUGGCUGUUCUACCCCCUUUCUUUGCUCUUUACGUAUGGCUGUCAUCUACUUAAGUCUCAGAGCGUAGAGUCACAGAAAACUACAGCAAGUCCUUCAGCCCAUCGGGCCAGUGAAGAACCAUUUAACCUGCCCAGCCGCUCCGUAAUCCUCCCAUCCAUGUGCCCAUGCAAACGUUGAAAUCGAGCUCGCAUGCACCACUUAGAGGGGGGUGAGACUGUGGAACGAUCUGCCAGUCUGAGUGAAGAAGUUUCCCCUCAUGUUCCCCUUAAACUUUUCACCUUUCACCCUUAACCCAUGAUCUCUAGCUGUCGUCUCAGUGGAAAAAGCCUGCUUGCAUUUACCCUAUCUAUACUGCUCAUAAUUUUGUAUACCUCUAUCAAAUCUCCCCUCAAUCUUCUACGUUCCAACAAUUAAAGUCCUUAGCUAUUAAGUCUUUCUGUAUAACUCGGGUCCUCCAGACCUGGCAACAUCCUUGUAAGUUUUCUCUACUCUUUCAAACUUGUCUACAUCUUUCCUGUAGGUGGGUGACCAAAACUGCACACAAUACUCCAAAUUAGGCCUCACCAACAUCUUAUACAACUUUCAGAUUCAGUUUAUUGUCAUUUAGAAACCACAGCUGCAAUGCAGUUAAAAAGUGAGACAACGUUCCCCAAGAAUGAUAUCACAUAAGCAUACGACAAAACAGACUACACUAGAAAAUCCACGUAACGUUUGGCAAUCCCCAAUCCAGAGUCCAGAGAGGCUGCUGCCUAUUAAUAUUGCGCUACCGGCUAAUAUCGCACUAAUUUCAACAUAACAUCCCAACUCCUGUACUCAGUACAUUGAUUUACGAAGGUCAAUGUGACAAAAGCCUUCUUUACGACCCUGUCUGCACUUCCAGUGAACUAUGCACCUGUGUGCCCAGAUCCCUUGUUCUACCGCACUCCUCAGUGCCCUGCUGCUCACUGUGAGACCUAACCCUGGCUGGUCCUACCAAAGUACAACACCUCAUGUGAAAGCAAUGUAUGUUUUUGUCAUGGAUAACCAGUGAGCUGACUGUCGAUGUCGGAGGACUUGGCCACAGAAAGGUGACUGACUGCCUGUGGAAGUGGUCCAGUCAGACUUUGUCUUUUUGUGUUACCAAAUCAAAACCCUGUUCCUCUUCUUGUAGCUCACCUUGGAGCAGGAGUUCCCAACCUUUUGUAUGCCAUGGACCAACACCAUUAAGCAAGGGGUCCGUGGGCCCCAGGUUGAGAACCCUGCUUCAGAAUGUCUUUGGGUGAGUAGAGAUACUUGCAAAGUGAUUCUAAUGUAUGCCUCGAUUUGUGUUCCUGUGUAGCUGGGGUCUUGUUCACCCAAAACUAAUCAGCGUCCCAGAACUUUGUCACAGAAUGGCCGAGUUCUCCAUCAGUGCAGAACGAUUCCUGAAGAACCUGUACCUUUUUAAGAAGCAGAAUCCUGGUCAGUUUUGUCUUCUAGUCUGUGGUGUGUUCACGCUCCUGGCUGUCAUUGGGCGAUACAUUCCUGGCCUCCUCCUCUGCUAUGUCAGCUUGCUGAGCAUGCUGCUCUGGCCUUUGGUUGUCUACCACCAGCUGUCGUUAAAGGUUUACGCCAGAAUCGAACCCUUGCUCAAGCGCCUGGAUUUCAGCGUGAAGGGAUACAUGGUGUCGAGGCAGCGUGAACGUCAGUUGCGUCGCCGAACAACAGCUGUCAGGGCUGCGGAUGAUGGGAGUGACAGUGAGGCUGAGCUGGCUGCGUUCUGCCCCAAGUUCGACGACUCUACGUUUGGUAAGGAACUGGAAAUUUCUGACUUUGAGCAUUCAGACGCAGAGGUAUCGUACACCGAGAACGGAACUUUCAACUUAUCCCGAGGACAGACCCCGAUGACAGAUGGCUCUGAAGAUCUCGAUCGCCACAGCGACCCUGAGGAGUCAUUUGCGAGAGAUCUCCCCGAAUUCCCGUCCAUAAACCCUGAUGUGACGGGACCGGACGACGACGACGACACCAGCCUGGGUAUUCCAACGACAUCCUACCAGCCCCUGCAUCAGGAUAACGCGAGCCUGUCCUCCGAUCAGGAGGAUAUCGAUGAAGAUCUGUCCCAGAGUGGACUGCCGUCACCUCUGAGCUUCGCGGGCAGUCAGGGCUUCUCUCUGGCAGGAACGAUCGCCAGCAACAUGGUGGCGGCUGCGUUGUCGGGCUCCGCCCCUGAGGGCCGGUUGCUGGGAGCUGCUGCCCAGACCUUACUCGAGCAUGGAAACGUAGAGGUGGACACAGAUGCGGAAGGAGACGAUUUUGAACUGCUGGACCAGUCAGAACUGAAUCAGUUCGAGAACCUUGGCACCCACAACCGGGGCACGCGACAGCCAUCGAAGGCGGGGUUCCUCGCAAACCUUCUUCGAAAGCAGUAGGUUUGUGUGGGUGUUGCUAGACGACACCACAUGGACCCAGUAGCUUAGCAGGGGAAGGGUGUCUGUGCAUAGGUUAAUAUUGGCUCCGUGGUUGCCCUUUCUUUCUCACAUGUGAACACAUUUGCACAGCUCAGUGUGACAUAGGUUUACUGAUACUUUGUGUUUCUGGGGUUUGAAACGAUCAAACCCCAGUCAAUAAUCAAUCUACCCAGACAGGUAAUUGAUACCCAGCUGACACACUUGGAUCAACAGAGUUGUUGUAGAUGCAGCUUGGCGUGGUUUUGUGUACGUAAAAGGCGAAAUUCCUGCAACUGUCCGUGAGGUAUUUUCGCACAUCUUCCCCACAGUUAAUGUUCUUUGGCAUCGUGGAGAGUUGGUGAGCAAAGCCAGGCUUCGUGUGUGUGUGCGUGCGUGUUCGUGAGUGUGUGUGUGGUUUCAUUAUGACCUCGUAAAAUGCAUCAUUAUGCACUUCAAACAUUCACCAGCUAGGAUCCAAGUUGCGGGGUGAAGCAAUUAGAUCCGAAAUCGAGCACGGAUACUCAUAAGCGGUAAAUAGGAAGUAAACAUCGCUGUAGUUGGCUGAGAACAACAGGUCAUUUAGCAAGUUCAGCCUGGGGAUGAGGCAGGGGUGUGGGGUGGGGUCUCUCAAGUUCAGUAAGGGGCUGAUAUAGGAAGAGAGAUGCUUUGUUAGAGUUCCUGUUUCAUCUCCCAAUGCCAAGGGAAAGUCACAAUCCAGCAACGCGGGUGGGGUGCGGGGAGGAGGGGGUGUUUGAUUGUUCCUCACUAGUGGGAUGUUUAAACCCUUGUGCAGAAUUACUUUGUGCUUUGCACCUCGUCUCUGACGACCGUUCCAUACCUCUACAGCUGUCUGGCUCGAACCUUGUCUGCUUGUUGUACCUCAAAACUCUGCAGUCCUGCCUUCAAAAGGUGACUGUGUUUUAAUUUAUUCAGUGUGUAGGAUGCAGACGCUACCGGCGCUUGCCGUUAGCUGGAAUUGCGGCAAGGAGCUGACCGUAAUGAGUGGAACGGGAGUUGCUGCUCUAGUAUUUCUGUGCCAAUACGUUGCUGAAAAUAGUCUCUGCACCGAGAGACACUGCACAGCAAUAACUUUUAGUUAUUCCAUCAGAUCGUGACAGCUCUUUAUUUAAAAACAGUAUGACCAGGCCUGAAGGUCGAAAAUAGUUUUGGAAUGAGCUUAGGUAGUGUUACAGGAAAGUGCUGUGAACUUCCUUGGAUUUAUCAAAGGUUCUGGCUGAAAUCUGGUAAUAAUGGCAGUCGGACACUACAGUUCAGUGAUUGGGUGGCAGGUGAAGCUGGUCCCUCACAGAUGCCUCCAGGUAACAGAUGAGAUAUCUGAAACCUGAGACCGUGAUGGGAACCCAAGGUGUGACCAUUGCUGUCUGAGGCCAAACGAUGCUGACAAUUUUGCAGCUUUUCCUCAGGGGAAAAGGCGACAGAUGAGAAAUCUACACCUGCGGCCAUGGGACCCGAGGAGCGACUGUACUGUCUAAUGUUGAGAAUCUCCCUCCUUCCCUUCCGUGGGGAAGCAGUCCCCCUGACUGUAGUGAGAUCAGCGUGGCAUUGCAUUGCCUUUCAACGGCUGCUCAGUGGUUUCCGUCUGUUUGAUCAGGGAAGAAAACAGCAAAUCAAAAUGCAAAUGAAAUACUUAAACUAAGCUCUGAGCCAAGGUGUUUCGAAGUAGGUAAAUGCCAUAAUCCAAAGUUCUGCAGUGAUGUGACGAAGCAAUAGUUCUAUUUAAGUUCAUUUGAGUGAGAAGACUUCUUUGAAAUUUCAGAUAUUUUUAAUACAUGUUCAUGACUUUUUAAAGAAAUUCAUUAUUGACGUGAUUUGUUGUAUUUGAAAAGAAAGUGAAGAUCCGGUGGGCGCCGGGUAAAAGUAGGUGAGAAGAAGAUGGUCAGCUUCAAUCCUUCAUCUGUCCGAACAUGGUGUUUGAGUUGAACUGUAAUGUUGAAGGAUUGUGAGUAAGUUCCAUUGAAAAUGCAGCUGGGAAUGCAGGCGUUAUGAUUGUAAAUGCACAAUGGAUUACAGAGCGUUUGUGUAAAACUAUUGUCCUGGCCUUGCAGUGCAGUGAUCCACGUGGCCACUUGUGAAUUCUCAUUACCCGCUUUCACAAGAGGUUCAUUUCACGUGAUCUUUCCGCAGGGUCCAGACUUUAGAUGCUAGCAGUUAAUAAAUUGUGAUUCCAUCAGUUCCUGAAAUUUAAAAAAAAUAUUAAGAAUGGGUUGAUCCCUUACACCUUUAGAAAAUUGUAUGAAAUUAUAUAAAUACUAAAGUUUUAUUUGAAAGUUGGUGAGCUCUAAGCUUUGGGAAUUUGAGGCAAAGCCUUCUCUUGUCGACAUUUUACUCCAAUUGACAUUUUCAGCAUUUCAUUAGAAGCCAAGGCAAUUAAAAUAUUUUGUAAAUACGGAGUGGAUUGAACUGUUGUGUAGAACGUGCAGUGUGUAUUUUUUUGAUGUUAUGUGAUCUUCAGCAGCACUUUGUGUACUUUCCAACUUGUUCAUGUUUGAAGAUGAAUUGACUUGAUCCAUUUGGACAUUUUUUUUUGUAGAAAAGUCACUUUAUUUUUGAAUCACUCAUUAAAGUGAUUUUCUAAGUAUGUGAA